AUGGCAGAGUCGGAGGAUCUCUGGCCUCCUACAGGUAUCCAUUUCACCUUUGAUGCUGCUCAGCGAAGGCUUAAGGGCUUAGAAGGCCACGUGUGCAGAGUUCACAUCAAGCACGUCAAAAAUUUGUGGCCGAAGCAGCCUGGCCCUAAUUUCCAGUCCAACGCAAUCGAUUCCGAGCGGCCCUAUCCACAGCAAGGAUGGCAGAGGUCAGCGCAGGUCAAGAGAACCAAGGAAUCAAGCACCAAUCUUGGCCUUGGCCCUCUGCAACUGAGAAGUAGUUUGAGAGAAGUUGAGUUGAUGUGUAGUUACGAGGCUCAUCAGCGUUAGCAGUGAUGUCUACCUGAGUACACCAUCUGGACACUCACUAUUACAGUCCGCCUGCCUUUAUCGGGGAUGGAAUACAGACGGGAUCAAACACAAAUCUCGCGAUGCUUAAACAAUGGUGCGUUUCGGCGGGCCGGGUCAUUCCUGAGUCAGCAGAAUGUGUUUUUAAUGGCGGCCGUUUCUCUCCCGUCAUGUCCCCGCCGCUUGCGAUUUACGACCCACUUACAAAAUUAG